AGUCUCUCUGUAUCUCCAUUCCCUCUCACACAGCAGCACACUGUCAUCCCCCCUCCCCUCAGGCUCUCUCACACACACUCUGUGUGUUGUCACUGCUGCCACCCCCACUCCCCAGCAGCUCCGUGCCCCGGGACCUCGAGCCGCUCGAUUCCACCCCGAACAAGGAUUAGUGUGAAGACCUGAGUGGUGUGUCUCUUUAGCCAGCGCAUUGUGUAGUCUCAGCUUGCAGCUAGACUUGUGGGAUGCAACAUGACCUCCGCUGUGGUGGAUGGUGGUGGCUCAGUGGGAGACUUUGUCAGCAAUGGUGUUGAGAAUCCAGAUCAGGAAGAAGUACAAGUCACUGAAUACCCUGCUGUUAUAGUGGAACCAGUUCCCAGUGCACGUUUGGAGGAGGGCUAUGCUGCCCAGGUGCUGGUGUAUGAUGAUGAGACCUUUAUGAUGCAAGAUGUUGCAGACGAACAAGAGAUUGAAACUGAAACUGUGGAGAUAGUUGAAGCAUCUGUACACAGCAGCAAUGCCCAUUGCACAGACAAGACGAUUGAGGCGGCAGAGGCACUGCUACACAUGGAGUCUCCCACCAUUCUCCGGGACUCCAGGAGCCCAGUGGAAGUGUACAUCCCGCAAUGUGUGUCUACCCCAGAAUUCAUCCAUGCCGCCAUGAGGCCAGAUGUUAUUACCGAAACUGUGGUGGAAGUGUCCACUGAAGACUCUGAGCCAAUGGAUGCUUCUCCCAUUCCAAUAUCUAUUGAGCUGGGAGAGCCAAUGAAAAAAAAGAAAGCUGGUCGUAAACCAAAGGUACAACAACCCACGUUUGCCAAUGGAUCCCCAGAUUUGGGUAUGAAGAAGAAACCAAGAGAAGGCAAAGGAAAUACGACUUACCUCUGGGAGUUCCUGUUGGACUUGCUGCAAGAUAAGAACACUUGCCCUAGAUAUAUUAAGUGGACACAGAGGGAGAAGGGCAUCUUUAAGCUGGUGGACUCCAAAGCCGUUUCAAAACUUUGGGGGAAACACAAGAACAAACCUGACAUGAAUUAUGAGACUAUGGGACGUGCCUUGAGGUAUUACUAUCAAAGAGGAAUUCUAGCAAAAGUGGAAGGCCAGCGAUUAGUAUACCAGUUUAAGGAGAUGCCCAAAAAUAUAGUGGUUAUAGAAGAUGAGAAGACUGAAUCCUGCAUGGAAGAGCUGGUGUCUCCUGCAGAUGACAAGUCUCUGGAGCGUGUUUCUAUGCCCACAGAUGGAAUUCUUAAAAUGUCUAUGCCGUCUCGACUGGAGAAAAUCCCCACCCAGCAGAUUUCACCCAGGAAGCCCCGAUUUGUCAGCUUGGCUUCUCCUGGGAAUGAGGCAUCUCCUAACUCUCCUACCAGCACAACGCCAACCCCAGUACAGAGGACUGUCCGUGUUGCAAUGCAAGUGCCUGUCAUGAUGACUUCCCUAGGACAGAAGAUCUCAACAUUGGCCGUCCAGUCCAUGAACACUGGAACCCCCUUGAUUGCUAACACCAGCCCCACAUCUGCUACAGCACCGAAGGUUGUCAUCCAGACAAUACCUACUAUGAUGGCAACUUCUACGGAAAGUGAUAAGUUCACGAUGCAGCCUGCCAAAAUCAUUACCAUCCCCACUACUCAGCUCACCCAAUGUCAGCUGCAAACAAAGCCCAACCUGAGCGGAGCAGGGGGAUUGAAUCUAGUGGGCACCCCACUGACUGUCAGAGCACUUACUCCUGUGUCAAUUGCCCAUGGCACUCCUGUUAUGAGACUAGCAAUGCCAGCACAACAAGCCCGUUGCCAGACACCACCACGGGUCAUCAGUACCCUUAUUAAAGGACCUGAUAUGAAGUCGGACAUAGUGGUAAGCAGGCCGGAUGGAGAAUUUAAAACAUUUCAGUUGGUGAAAGAUGACAAACAAGCAGACGGCGGCAAAACAGUAACGCAUGUGGUGGUUGUUAGUGCUCCUUCUUCGGGUCUUACCUUGCCAAUGACUGUCAAACAAGAAGGGACGAUGGUGUGUGAUAAAUGAGACCAUUCCACCCAUUUGUGCUUUGGGUCAAACUGACAAUAAAAUAAACUUUUCUUUUCUGGAGGGAAGAGAGGAGGUUCGAGUCCUGUGAGACUUUAAAGCAAGACAGAAGAUGUGUAUACGCGGAGUUUAAAGGAAAUGAACAUUUUACUGGAGUUUUUCCCAUGUUUUCAGUGGGAUCAUUGUUCACAGGCUGAUGGGAAUAAUGCCUCUAACAUCAAAUAAAAUUACAGCUAAGGAAAACAAAAACUAAAAGGGACCAAAGCGUUCAUUAAUACAUGCAUAUAUAUUUUCUAGGUUACAUUAAGUAAAAAGUGGAACACUAAAAUUACUUUUCAGAGCGGCUGUUUGUUUUCCCAAAGUAGAAACUCAAGUUUAGGUCAACGUGGCAAUUGUAAAUUUAUAACUUUUUGUUUUCUAGAUUCCUUUUUUUUAUUAUUGCUUUAUAUAUACAAUAUAGAAUUUUCUUUUUAAUACCAGCAAUUUAUACCACUGUGUACAAAUAGCCCUCUUUUGACCGGUGCUAUGUUGAAACCUCUGCAAGGCAAGUGUGUGAAAUGCGGUGCGUGCGGAGAGCAAGAUAAGAGACUCCCGUUUACGUUUCUGAAACGAAAAGUACAAAUGAGAUUUGGGUUUAAUAGAAAGCAGAUUUCAUAUGGAAGCCUUAGACUGAGUCAGUUUUAUUUUUUUUUCUUGAAAUAAGCUAAUGGCUUGUUUUGUGUAAAGCAAUCUUUUUAUAUAUAAAUGUAUUAUAGAAAAUAUGGAGGAAAAUCUUGUACCUAGCACAGUAUUGGCAUAGAAAUAACUGUAACAUAUUUUAUAUGGUAGAUUCAAGUCUGGCCUUUUUUUUUU